UUGCUACUCAUUUCAGCAGUUUCGCUCAGCCUAGUUCGUAUCGCAUGUGAACGAGACCCUACGCUGUCUUUUUGCGAUUCUCAUAUAUUGGGCGAUCCAGUCACUUCAACCACUAAGCCAGUGCUACCGACAACAAAGCCCUCGACUCCCCUCAGCGAUGACAAAAAGGUGCCUGGGUACAUUCAGAAAGAACAAGAACAGUUUCUUACCUGGCUUACCGACUUCAAAGACGAGGUGCCAGAUUCGGAAAUCGACACUGAGGAGCUUGAAGCUUCUCGCCGGAAACACAACAGUAUAGAGGCGUACUGUCAGAAGUACAGAGUAAGUUAA